AUGACAACUCAUAAAGAAAGAGUCGACAAGAGACUGCUGAGUCUAUUAGAAGAGAGUGUCAAGAACAAGCACCGUUGUAUAAUUGGAGUAUGCGGUAAAGUCAAGGAAGUAGUCCACCAUAUCCACUCAUUACUAUCUAGAUACACUAUUAGACCAAAUGUCUUAUGGGUAUACGAAAAAGAGCUAGAAGCAAAGACGCAUAAAAUAGGCCAGGCAAAGAAAAGAAAGAAUGCCGGGGAGGUGGCACUUUCUAAUUUUGAAUCAUUUAUUGUGAACACUGAGAUAAAUUACGUAUUUCACAAUGAAGCAGAAAAAGUCUUGGGAACAACCACUGACUUCUGCAUCCUCCAAGACUUUACAAAGAUACCUGCUAAUGCACUGGCGAGUGUAGUGGAGAGUGUAAAGGGUGGUGGAGUGAUUCUACUUCCAGUUGAAGAGACGCAGAAUAUAUACACAAAAAGGCUUUACCACUUACUACAGUCAGCAGAUAAUUAUAUGAUACUGGACACUCAGCUGAAUGUACUUAAAGAAUCAACUACUGUUGUAGAAGAGUUAUUAGAGGAUAAAGAGAACAUGCAAAAUAUUCUUGACCAGAAGAUACAGAAAGUAAAAGACUCUGCUAAUAUGCUGAACCCACUGAGUGUGGUAUGUGCAAAUAGUACAGCGGUCUUAAUGAAACAGUGCAGAACACAGGACCAAGCAGAUGCUGUACUAACUCUAACAGAGACCAUAGAUAAAAGGGCACUAAUCGCUAUUACUGCUGACAGAGGAAGGGGAAAGUCUGCAGCACUUGGUCUUUCUGUUGCACAUGCUGUUGUAAAGGGACUGAACGAUAUUUUAAUAUCUGCACCGCACUUAUCAAAUGUUCAGACAUUAUUCCAGUUUAUUAUUGUAGGCCUAACUGCGAACGGGUACAAAGAACAAUUUGAUUUCUUUGUGGAGUACUCUAAAACAGCCAAGAAAUCCAUUGAAAAAAUUUCUAUUUCAAAGACGCAUUAUCAGACCAUUCGGUUUAUGCCACCGCAGAAACUAGUGCACUCACCGUCUAUGCUUGUAGUGGAUGAGGCUGCAGCUGUUCCACUGCCCACACUAAAAGAUAUGCUUGGGAUGUAUCCUACACUUAUUUCAUCUACAACUGCUGGGUAUGAGGGUACUGGAAGGGCACUUUCACUGAAGCUGUUUAAGUCAUUGAACCCAGAAAUUAUCAGGCUGGAAGAGCCAAUUCGGUACAGGCGGCAUGAUCCAGUAGAGUAUUGGCUAAACAAUGCCCUGUCACUGUCACCUGAAAUACCAAAAAUGAUUACGUUCCCAGCACGAGAAAAGUGCAAGGUGUACACGGUUAAUAAAGCACUUUUAUUUUCGGGCCAUGAAGAGACUGAAAAGAUUCUUAGGGCACUGUCCAGCAUACUUCUGUCUGGCCAUUACAAAAACAGUCCAAAUGAUCUGCAGACUCUUGCAGAUGACCAGCACCAUACUUUAGUCACAUUAUUAACAGAGGACGGAAGAGUGCUGGGUUUGGCGCAGUGCGUGAAGGAGGGCAGUAAAUCAGCCCUUAAUGAGACACAGCAGAAAUAUAAUGAAAAGAGAACAGAAAAGGGUAAUUUAAUCCCCUGGUCACUCUCACAGUACUUCCUGGACAUGGAUAUAUUUGAGCAGGUAGGUCUGCGUAUUAUCAGAAUUGCCAUUCACCCAGAUGCACAGUCAAUGGGGUACGGAUCAUAUCUUGUAGAAGAGAUCAUAAGGGCCACAACCGUAAAUACAUGCCAGAGCACAUCAAGCAAGAAUACGAUUCUUUUCUCUGAUCUCGCAAUGGGCAGAAUUGAUUAUAUUGGCGUAUCAUUUGGAGUGACUCAGCGGCUGCUUGAAUUCUGGCUGCGACUAGACAUGAAGGCAGUUUAUUUAAAGCACACCCUCUGCAAGACCACUGGUGAACACUCACUAAUUAUGAUGCGAGCACUGUCUACGAAAGCACAAGAAAAAGUGAACGUAUACCAAAGAGAGUUUACUGAGAGAUUCUUAGAACUUCUUCCUGGAUGUUUUAGCACUGUUUCUACACUCAUUGCUCUGCAAAUAAUUGCUCCAUUCCAGGAGGACAUAGCCGAGUUUGCAGAAUCAAAGAUCCAGCGAAUGCAACAGUUCUCUCGUUGUAAUUUAGAUCUAAGGAUAGUUGCAGACCUUCUCCCUAUGCUGGCAAAGGAAGUCUUAAAGACAAAGAAAUCAACUGUCUCUACAACCCAAAAGAUAAUUUUGCUGGGAAUGGGCUUACAACACAAAACAAUAGAAGAUCUUACAAAGGAGCUGAAAUUACAGCACUCACAAGUGAAAAUGCUAAUUGCUAAGGCAAUGGCUUCUCUCUCCCACUCCGCAUAAAAAUAAAGC